AUGCGCUUCGCUACUUUGACCAAGACCGUUCUGGCCGGCAUUGCUCUUCACGCAGACACAGCGACUGCCAUCUUUGAGUGCAAUGCGGAUCAGCAUGCUUUCGAACCUACGAAAGACAAGUUCGUGGUACACUACACCUCUAUUCGCGACUCGAACUACGAUGACGGUCAACCUUGGUAG